UCUGCGCCUGCUUUCAUUUGGGAUUUUUAAUGAAAGCGCGUGGAGCUGUGAAAAAUAUUUUCCACGACUGAGUUGAAAAUAAAAGUUUAAAUUUGUACAUAAAAUAUUUGAAUUAAACAGUGCAAAACAGUUUGAAAAACAUCGAUAAAGAUGUUUGUGCUUUACGAGACGCCGGCGGGAUACGCCAUAUUUAAGCUGAUGGAUGAGAAAAAAGUUCAAGAAGUGGAUAACCUCUAUUUGGAAUUUCAGACACCAGAAAAAGCCAACAAACUAUUAAAAUUAAAGCAUUUUGAAAAAUUUAAUGAUACCACGGAAGCAUUGGCUGCAGCGACGGCUGCAGUUGAGGGUAAAGUCUCAAAACCCCUAAAGAAAACUCUUAAAAAAUUGUUAAACGAUGAAGUACAGGAGUCAUUGCUGGUGGCCGAUGCUAAGCUGGGUAAUGCUAUCAAAGAAAAGUUCUCCGUUCAGUGUGUCUACAACACAGGAGUUCAAGAGUUGAUGAGAUGCAUACGUCAACAGGCUGAUAGUCUUUUAGGUGGUUUACCCAAAAAAGAAAUGACAGCAAUGGCUUUAGGUUUAGCGCAUAGUUUGUCACGCUACAAGUUAAAGUUCUCUCCUGAUAAAAUCGAUACAAUGAUUGUGCAGGCACAAUGUUUGUUGGAUGACUUGGAUAAAGAGCUCAAUAACUACAUGAUGAGAGCGAGAGAAUGGUAUGGAUGGCAUUUUCCCGAAUUGGGUAAAAUCAUAACCGACAACAUUGCCUUUGUGAAGACAAUAAAAUUGGUUGGUACAAGGGAAAACAUGGCCACCUCCGACUUGUCAGACAUACUUCCCGAAGAUGUUGAGGAGAAGGUGAAGGAAGCCGCCGAAAUAUCUAUGGGUACUGAGAUUUCCGAAGAAGACAUCAUGAACAUCCAGUGUUUAUGUGAUGAAAUUUUAUCAAUCAACGAUUAUAGAUCACAUUUGUAUGAUUAUUUAAAAACACGUAUGAUGGCAAUGGCCCCCAAUUUAACAGUUUUGGUUGGAGAGACGGUGGGAGCUCGUUUAAUUGCCCAUGCUGGAUCAUUGAUAAACUUGGCCAAACAUCCCUCAUCUACAGUACAAAUUUUGGGUGCUGAAAAGGCUCUCUUCCGUGCUCUCAAAACUAAAAAGGAUACCCCCAAAUAUGGUCUAAUUUUCCACGCACAAUUAGUAGGCCAGGCCAGCUUGAAAAAUAAGGGAAAAAUGUCUCGUUCAUUAGCUGCUAAGGCAUCACUUGCCACACGAGUGGAUGCGUUUGGUGAGGAAGCAUCCUUUGAACUUGGUGCUACCCACAAGGUGAAGCUGGAAGCUCGUUUAAGGCUACUAGAGGAAGGAAAUUUGCGAAAACUCUCUGGAACAGGAAAAGCAAAGGCGAAAUUUGAAAAAUAUCAAUCAAAAAGUGAGGUCUUUACCUAUGAACCUGAAGCUGAUAGCACCUUGCCUGCAAAGAAACGUAAGCAUUCUGAGUCUGCUGCUGAAGCAAGUACUCCUGUAAAAUCGGCUAAAUUUGAGGAUGAAGAGGAAGAUGUAGAAGCUGCAGAGGAGGCUAUAGAAGAACCUAAGUCGGAGAAGAAAAAGAAGAAGAAGAAAAAUAAAAAUAAGGACCAAGAAGCUCCAGAGCCAACAGAAGUGGAGACACCCACCCCAUCUAAAAAGAAAAAGUCCAAAAAAGAUAAGCAACAAAGUGACGACUAGGUUUAGUUUAAACAACUUUUUUGUUGGAUACUUUGUUAGCCAUUUAAUUUUUAGUUUUUAUAUACACAUGGUCCUAUAUUUAAGCCUUUCAGAACUUUCACUCUGUACAUUAGAUUAAUGUAUUAACCUUUUUAUAAUUGUAAAAAAGUUUUAGUUUUAUUGAAAAGAAAAAAAAACAAUGCAAAAUAUAAAAGCAUUUGCAAAUUUUCUUCCA